AUGCGAAGAACAAACCGGCAUCUGAUCAUAGAGCGCGGCGCGCGAGAUGCGACCUGGGAAGAACAAUCCGAAUACGUUAGCCCGAACACGUUAGCCCGAAUACGAGUAGACGUAUCCGUAUUCCGUACUGGAAUACAGUCCAGUGUAAAUAUUGCUUCGGGCAAUUCGAGUAAUUUCUUUCGUGCGCCCGAAUACGGGAUAACGAUCAAAUCACCGUGCGUGAGUGCGGCGGCUCUGCGACCCUGGUGGCUGCGGAGGCGCGUGAGGGCACGUGGUCACCGGCUGCUCGCAGCUCCGGUGUCUGUGUCGAGUGGCCCGGCGACAACGUGGCGCUGCGACCUGGAGACAGGUCUGUACCAUAAUCCCUUGCCAACCUCGAUGGCUGUGGAGGCGCGUGAGAGCACGUGGCCAUCGGCUACGUGCAGCCCCAGUGCACGGCUGCAGAGGCGCGCGAGGGAACAUGGUCACCGGCUGAGCGCGACUCCGGUGUCUAUGUUGAGUGCCUCGGCGAAAACGUGGCGCUGCCACCUGGAGACAGAGCACGUGGCCAUCGGCUACGUGCUGCCCAGGUGCGUGUUUCGCAUAGCCCGGGGACAACGUGACGCUGCGGCCUGGAGACUGGAGCGCGAGGGGACAUGGUCACCGGCUGAGCGCGACUCCGGUGUCUAUGUUGAGUGCCUCGGCGAAAACAUGGCGCUGCGAUCUGGAGACAGGUCUGUACCACAAUCCCUAGACAACCCUGAUGGCUGCGCUGACGCGCGAGGAUACAUGGUCACCAGAUACGUGCAGCCCCGGUGUCUGUGUCGAGUAGCCCGGCUACAACAUAGCGCUGCGAUCUGGAGACAGUUUCCAUCACAAAACGCAAAUAGAAAACUCAAGGAAACUUUAAGUAGCGCAGUAUUUCGGGCAUCUACCGCGCUCAAAACUUUUUGCACCUCGAAAGCAGAGUCGAAAGGUAUUCAAAAGUUGGUGGAGGUAAACGGCACGUGUGUGGUGUCGUCGCGCAGCGUGGAGGAGGUGCAGCGAGCGCUGGGCGUGGGUCCAGCGCGGCUGGUGCUGCUACGGCCGCAUGCCGCGGCCGGCCCGCUAGGGACCGCAGCCGCGCCGCAACCGCCGCCUACUGCGCUGACGCAGCUCCUCCGUGCUUCAGAAGGCACGUUAAGCCGUUGGUCCCGGCUGCAUCUGCAGUCGCUAGCAACCACUAAUCCGCACUGGGCCCGCGUGACCGAAGCGGCAUCGUUGCGCAGUGAAUUAGGAGCGCUGCGGACCGCGGCUGAGGAAGCCGAGCGCGCCAAAGAAGGCCUGCGCGCCGACAACACGCGCCUCACGCACCGCAUCUCCUACCUAGAGGAACAGGUCGCCGAAAUGCUAGCCAGACACACGCAGCUGCAACCUGUCAGCAGUACCGACAGCAGCUGCAUCACAGUGAACAAAACAAAGAAGAACGUGACCAACAUCAACAUCACAUCGGAGCCGGCGUGCAGGCAGAGCCCCAAGUCGGAGGUGCAGGUGUUUCAGAAGGGGCCCGACAUCACCGCGCUAGUGGCGAAGCUGCCGGGGCUCGACGGCGCGGAGGCCAAUUUGCCUCUCCUGCGGCCGCGCUCCAACGCGUCCGGCGCCUCCUCGCGCGCGCCGCCCUCGCCCCGCGCCUCCCCGCCCCACCACCGGCACCGCGCGCACUCCUCCCACAGCCUCGAGCACCGCGCCGCGCGCAUGCGCCACUCGCUGUCCCACCACUGCCUGCACGCCGCCGACGACUACGGCGCCGAGACCGACGCCGCCAUUCGCAUGAUCGAGCGCAACCAGAGGCACAUCGAGAAGCAGCGGCUCAAGUCCGAGCGCCUCGGUCGAUCCCGGACUGACGACCACUUCCGCUCGGACAGCGACCUCGACGCGCGCGACUCGCUCUCGGGCGUCGGCCCGCCGGAGCCGCGCCCCGCCGACCGGAUCGAGGAGAGCAUCAAGAAGACCAACUGGGCCGAGCGGAAGACGCUCUCCAUCAUAGAGCAGCUGAAGCGGUCGCAGCGGCUCCGCAAGUCGAAGAAGCCCGACAGCGCGGAGGACGUGCGACUCGAGACCGAAAAACGAUACUCCUACCACCGGAUAGACGGGAAGGUGCUGGAGAACGCGCACAAAUCGAGCCGGCGCUCGUCGAAGCUGCACUCGCGCAGCGCCAAGUCCUCCGAGUUCGAGUCCGAGUGCUCGGACUUCCCCAACGGCGACGCGUACGGCAGCUCGCCGAGGAUAGACUACGGGUCGGAGUCGUGCUCGACGCGACUCAGCCACUACAGGAAGAACGAGAACGAGGCGCGGACGAGGCCGACGCCGCCGAGGAAGCCGCUGCGGCUAUCGCUGCACAAGGCGAGGAGCGCGCACUCGCUCCUGAACGGCAGCGAGUCGGAAACGCCGAGCCGGCCGCCCUCCGAGGCGCAGAACGCGGACGGGCCCGACGCUAACAAGAGACCGGUGAAGCGCACGCACGCGGGGGACAAGUGGGCGCGGGAGCGGGAGAGGGAGAAAGAGAAAGAACGCGAGCGCGGGAGAGAAAAUGUGCGCGCGACACCGCGGCCGAGUCGCAAGCUGCUGCAGGGCCUCGCGCCCGCCGCCGACGACCUGUACCCCGCCCCUACACGGCGCUCCGCCCCAAUCGUGCCGCCCGCCAACUGGUGCUAGCCUUAGAUUAAAACAAAAAGGAUAGAUACGGUACGCUCAUACUCGCAUCAAACAAAAACUGAUCCCACGGCAGCGUGAACGGGACGGCGAGAUCCGCGUCACUGCAUUACCGACCCGAACGAAACAGCACGUUAAGUUUCAACGGCAGCGCGAACGAGACGGCGAGAUCCGCGUCACUGCAGUACCGACCAAUCACGCGACCAGUACUCGACGUCACUACC